GAAGGGCACACAGAUAAGUGCAGAGGCACACAGAAAGCGGCGAGCGCGAAAGUGAAAGUUGUGUUGGUUGUGCUCCUUUGUUACUUUCCUUAGUUAUCUACGAAUUGUCACAGUGGGCUGGUCCGCGCGUUACAAUAGCCUCGCUUUGCACAAUGCCCGGCCUCGGCCAAGAAGAAGGAACACAGAAGAUGGAUGAGUAUCUCAACUCGUUGGGAUUCUGGAGGAAACAGAUUGCCGGUGAUGGCUCCUGCUUGUUCAGAGUGGUCUCCGAGCACGUGUACAACACACAGUCAAAACAUGAAGAUGUGCGAAAAGCAUGUGUGCAACACUUACGUGAAAACAAGCCUGUCUAUGCAAAGUAUAUUGACGGGGACUUUGAGCAGUACACAUCGAACAUGGAAAAUGUGAAGGUCUGGGGAGGCCAUUUGGAGAUGCAUGCAAUGGCAGAACUUUACAAGAAAGACUUCCUGAUCUUUGAUACCCCAGGCAGGAGUCCGUACUAUGCAACAGAGAAUCACUUUAAAGAUGUGGUAAUGCUGUGCUACAUGCAUGGUAAUCACUACGAUGUAAUCUACUCAAGGCAAAGGCUCAGUGCUGCAGCAAUGUGCCAGUCAAUUGUGUACGAAACUCUGUACAAGACAGUUUUUGAGUUUGGCGACGAUGUCGACCUGGCAGUCAAGAAAAUGCUUUAUGACAAGACUUACUUCAAGCACAAGAAGAACAUGACCUUUGAGCAGUGGAAAGAAAGUGUCAAGUUUGGCACAGAGACCAACGUCCUUUCUGAAGAAGAACAGGCCACUGCUUCGGACGUGGUGACCGCAUUGGCGAAUCGAAUACCACCGUUUCCAUUCAAAGUUGCCAAGGCUUUGGACCCAACAAUCUAUAGAAAUGUUGAAUAUGACAUCUGGAAUGAAGCAGAAAAAGAGAGAAUCCGCAAUGAGCAACUUGUGAUUCCAGAAUUGGAACCUGGGGUUAAGUGUUUGGUGCGGCUGACUCGUGAUUUAGAAGGCCACAGUGCAUCAUUCCAAGCCCACAUUCAGAAAAUGGAGCCUGAUGAAGGGCCCAUCACAGUUUUUAUUGAAAAGCUGGGAAAAAUGUGCACAGUCCCAUACAGCAGCGUUCAGGCACUGCCCCUGCCAGCGCACAAAGUAUUGACUUGGCGCCAGGGUCUACAAUACAAACUGCGAGGUUCCUUCUACCAGAGCGCAUUGCUGUCCAGCCUUCAAGAUUUUCAAAAGUCACAGCGCAGGCUUGCACGUAAAGGAAAAGGAAAGGACCUCUCUCUCUGGCUGCCUACACUGGUCACCGGAGCACGUAUGCCCAUGGACUUCUCUCUCCCGAGGCCUUCAGAUGUCAGCUGCACAUCUCCUCAUUCACUCAGAAGCAACGACAUCUUUACAACUGACAAGGUGAGGUUCCCCUUGAGCCCCUCAUUGCCCAUGGACAACAGCCAGGCAAUUUGGAGCCCCCCUGCACCUGCGUUGCCACCUGGCAGUCCCUGCCAAUUUCCUCAGCCAAUCAUGUACCAAGAGAAGCAAAGGUUUGAAAGCCAUACAGUCUUCGAUUUCAAGCCCCAAAUUUGUGUGCCGUCCAGCUACAGUCAGUCUAGCGCUCAAGACAUGCCACUCAAGAAUGAUGAUUCCAGUGUUGUGAGCCCUGGUAUUCAAACCCAACUGCCAACAGCUCACCAUGUAGAAACCCCUUACUAUGGUAACUUCACCACCACUGUGUUUGACUCAUCUAUCCUGAGUCAACCUGCUCACACAGAACAAGGGCUUUUGAGUACACCACCGCCUUCAUCUUAUGACUAUGUUUCUGCUCCUUCCUUUACUUAUGGUGCUCCCUCUCCGGAUGUGUUGUGCAGCUCACCACAGAAUGGAGUCCUGAGCCCUGGUGUCACUCCACAUGCUUGUGCCACUGAUGCAACUCUGCCAUAUGGCCAGGAAGUCGUGGCUGUGCAGCAGCCACUGCAGCAGCCACAGCAGCACUUGGUGGCCUCCUACUCUCCAGUGCCCUUCACUAACUUGCUCUUCUCCUGUGAGCCCCCAGCACCCACUGUUAACCUGGCUGCUCAGCGCUCUAAUGACCCAGAGGGCAGUGACCUUCCCACUGGCAAGUGUGGUUUCUUUUCUCGUCUAUCGAAGAAGUUCUUGCUGUGA